UUUAGCUAGUAUAUCUAUACAUAUGGAUGCGCGCGCAUUUUGUGUUUCCCGAUUGCUACUACAGCGCCACUAAUGUCGUAGAAUUCGCCUCUUUAAACGUGUCGUCACGAGUCACUAUAUCUGCAUGUGUAUUUUCCACCGAUCAGAUGGUGCUGAUUUUUUACGCAUAAUGGGUUUUUACGUGUAUUUUCUGGCGCCACUUGUUGUGGCCUAACAUGCAUAAUUAAGGCAGAGUUCUCCGACGACAUGCAUAUUACCAAUUAACUCUGACGUCUCUGAGCUUCAUUUCGAAAAUCGCGCGGCUAUUUUUCAAAUCCCCGCGAAUCACGUGGCAACGUCGCAAAAGUCCAUAUCCAUGCCAUAUAUACCUAUUAUUACAGGGAAUAAAAAAAAAACAACACGAGUUAAAAAGUUCGUCGCCCGCUGUCGUCUCGCCACCUCUCUCGCGGCUCUCUCACUCCCACUCCAGCGACAUAUACGCGCAUAUACAUAUGUACAUAGAUUCGCGCACGUAGUAUACAAUCCCAAUACAUUCGACAUCAUAUAAUACAAGUAAAAGAAGCGAUUGUUGCGAUCGUCAAGAUAAUAGACUCUGCGAUUGUUGACACGGGCUCGGGAGGACGGGGGGCAUACGUUAAUUCACUCGAUCAAGCCGGCGAGUCAUUCUUGUGCAAUAGGCCAAGUGUUUGGCGUUUCCCUGUUGCGCGCAGAAAGUCACGUACGCCGCUGCACGUUGACAUGAAGAAAAUCGUGAUAUUUGGCGGCACGGGAAAUACCGGCUUGUGCUCACUCGAGCACUCGGUUAAGUCUGGUUUCCAAACCAGAGUAUUUGUUAGAGAUGAGAAGAAGAUUCCUGAACAUCUUAGGGAUAAAGUUGAGGCUGUUGUUGGUGAUGUAACAAAUGCUGAUGAAGUUUCACAAGCCAUAUCUGGUGUGGAUGGAGUCGUGGUUGUACUUGGCACCAGAAAUGAUUUGAAGCCAACAACAGUUUUAUCUGAGGGUAUGAAGAACAUUAUUGAUGCUAUGAAGAAACAUAAUGUUGAAUUAGUGUCUGUAUGUUUGUCAGCAUUUUUAUUUUAUGAACCUGAGAAAGUUCCUGCCAUAUUCAAAGAUCUGAAUGCAGACCACCAAAGAAUGUUUGAUCUCUUAAAAGAGAGUGGAUUAAAAUGGGUUGCUGUUUUCCCACCUCAUAUAGCAGAGUCGCCUAGUACUGAAUAUGUUAUAAAGCAUGAUGAAUCACCAGGGCGCAUUGUAUCCAAAUAUGAUUUGGGUGAAUUUUUAGUCAAAAGUUUAAAUCAACCCGAACAUCAUCAGAAAGUUUGUGGUAUAGCAACAAAAAAUCCAUAGUAAUACUUUUUUACAAUAUUGAUUAUAGCUAACCAAUGUGCCUCGCACAAUUUCUUUAUAUUUUUCAAUUAUUCAGUUUUUACAAAGAAUAUAUUUAGGAUUAAAGUGUAAAAUAUUUAUAUGAAUAAUAAUUAUACUCUUUAAAUAUGA